AUGGAUUCAGGUUCGACGUCCUCCUCUAGCAGUCUUGUAAAUGGACAAUCUGCACCCAAUGGAGUCAACAAUGUGUCGUCGCUAUCAACAUCGUCCCAAUCCGACCCACAGAUGCCACGAGUGCCUAAGAGGCUGUACUCGCUCUCCCAGCCGCCGUCCCUGUCUGCGUUCAAGACACUGUGUUCCCAAUCGACAAGCCGAGAGAUCUAUCCACACGCGUCGGCCGUGGUGUCCAAUAUCCCCGUCUACGAGCUACCCACUGAAGCAGAUGCGUUUGCAGACCCAGGCUUCAUCGAUGCAUUGCAGGAUGAAUGGCACCAUAUCCUCCUCUCAGGGCCUGGGGUGGUGAUUCUCCGCAACUUCAUCCCGGACAGGAAGCUGAUUGAGCAGGUCAACGCUGUCUUCGAGGCCAUCAUCGCCGCAGAAUCUGAGUUGCUCGCUCAGGGAGGACACGGUGGGGACAAGGGCGACCACUUCGCAGCGAGCGGCACCAAUGCGCGCAUCUGGAACUCGUUCCAAAAACACGCCGAGCGCGACCCAGCGUCCUUUGUGCAGUACUACUCCAGCCGCUACUUGGCCGCCAUGUGCGCCGCCUGGCUGGGACCCGCGUACCAGAUCACCGCGCAGGUAAACAUCGUACGGCCGGGAGGCCAGCCGCAGGUGAGCCACCGCGACUACCACCUGGGGUUCCAGACCACGGCGGCGUGCGCGCUGUAUCCCGCGACCACGCAGGUGGCGACGCAGUUCCUCACCCUGCAAGGCGCGGUGGCGCACACGGACAUGACUCUGGCCAGCGGGCCGACGCGCUUCCUGCCCUUCUCCCAGCAGUUCGAGCCGGGGUACAUGGCGUACCGUCUGCGCGAGUUCCAGGAAUUUUUCGACCGGAACUGGGUCAGCUGUGCCCUGAACAUGGGCGACGCCGUCUUCUUCAACCCGGCGUUGUUCCACGCCGCGGGCGAGAAUCGCACCCUGGACGUCCAGCGCUCCGCGAACCUGCUGCAGGUCAGCAGUGCCUUUGGCAAGACCAUGGAGACCGUCGACACUCUGGCCAUCAUCUCUCAGUGCUGGGACGAUGUCAGGAAAUUGUAUGCCGAGGAGAAGAGUGGCGGCGGUGGCGGCCUCGACAGGACAGAGCUGCUACAGAAUGGUGGCGUCGCAAGCAGAGUCCAUGCCAUUUUGGAUGCAAUCGCCAAUGGAUACCCGUUCCCAACGAACCUCGAUCGUCGCCCGCCCGCGCCAGGUGGAAUGGCACCCGAGAGUGAAGUUGAUAUACUCCGCAAAGGGCUGCUGGAAGGCUGGGACGUCAAGAAAGUUGUCGCGGCUCUUGUGGUCAUCCGAACAGACUCGAUGCCUUGA